CCUAAAUAUGGCGGACGGUAGACGAGAUCCUCCGCCGUACGGGCGGGAUCGGGUACGCGGUUCAAUAGGAUCGCAUUCACCGUAUGAGGGUGUCGGUGGUGGUAUAGGCCGUGGUCGGGGUGGUCCACCACCGAUGCGAGGAGGUUACCCACCCCAAGGUGUAACUUAUCAUACGCAAGAGCGGCGCCCACAAUGGCGCAAUCCAUCUCCCGGUCCAAGCGACGGAUCACCGCUGCCGAGCACAUCUGCCGCCGUUUCAACGCCAGCAUUUAGUACAAAUGUGCACGAACCACUGCCACAACCUGUUGUUGCGGGACCGGCAGCAUUAGCAGCUAUUGGUAGCACCACCAGCACCAUGGCACUAUCCCGCCAACAUCGCCCAGGUGGUCGAGGGAAACGCCCUCUGGCGGAUACACUACGUACCCGGGGUCCCGAUGCACCGUCGAAGCAUGGAACGACCGGGCAACCGUUACUGUUGCAAUCGAACUAUUUCAAGUUGCUGAAACGUGUCGACUGGACACUGUAUCACUAUCAGGUCGAGUUUAUCCCGCCAUGUCCAAGCCCGCGGCUAACGCAAUCGCUCGUAAACGAACACAAAAAGCUGCUCGGUGGGUUCGUGUUCGAUGGCGUACAGCUUUUUACCGCCUGCAAACUAUCAAGCGAUGAGCUUGUCCUGCACUCCCAGCACGAUCGUACCGGGGACAAGUACGAACUACACAUCCAGCGUGUCGCUGUGGUGGACAUGACGGACGAAACCGGUCUACAGGUGCUAAACCUGAUCCUUCGCCGUGCAAUGAACGGACUAAAUCUCCAACUCGUCGGACGCAAUUUGUACGAUGCGGCGGCUAAAAUUCCGAUCCGCGAGUAUCACAUCGAACUGUGGCCCGGGUACAUGACGAGCAUUCGGCAGCACGAAAACGAUGUGCUGGUGUGCUGCGAAAUCGCACACAAAACGAUGCGCAUGCAGACGUGUUACGAUAUUUUGCGCGAAUGUCGGCGGCACGAUCGUAACUUUAAAGACGCAUUUAAACGGGCGGUACUCGGGUGCGUUGUGCUGACCGGGUACAACAACAAAACGUACACGAUACACGAUGUCACGUUCGACACGACGCCAGAAAGUACGUUCGAUACCAAGAAUGGGAAGAUUUCGUUUAUGGAUUAUUACAAGAACAAGUACAACUUGCGCAUUCGGGACGCGUUUCAACCGAUGUUGCUGUCGCGGGCCAAGAAGAAGGACACCCGGUCGGGGGACAGUGAGCUGAUGGCACUGGUGCCGGAGCUGUGUCAGAUGACGGGAUUGACGGAUUCAAUGCGUUCCGAUUUCAAAAUGAUGCGGGCGAUGGCAGAUCACACCCGUUUGAAUCCGGACCGACGUAUUGAGCGGUUGGAAACGUUUAACCGGCGGUUGCAAACCUCGCCCGAAAGCCAGGAAGUGCUCAAAGUGUGGCAGAUGGAGCUCGAUCGUCGUCUAGUCGAGCUGCCGGGCCGAUUGCUUCCACAAGAGAUGAUCUUCUUUUCCACUACCUCCAAUGGUGUUCAAGCGGGCGAAAACGCCGACUGGACGGCACACUUUCGCGAUAAUCCCAUGUUUGCGACGGUACGCCUAAGCCGCUGGUAUCUCGUCGUCCCCGCUCGCUGUCAGCGCGAGGCGGGCGAUUUCCUAAACUGUAUGAUAACGGCCGCCCGUGGUAUGCGGUUCGAAAUAAGCAAUUGCGAGAUGGUCCCCAUGCCGGACGAUAACCCGAACACGUACAUACGCACCCUGGACGCGAUCAUUAACAAAGAUCCACAGAUGAUUAUGUGCGUUGUAUCGAACAACAAGUCGGAACGGUACACCGCCAUCAAGAAACGGUGCUGCGUAGAUCGGGCCAUCCCAACGCAAGUGAUGGUACAGAAAACGAUCACACCGAAGAGUGGCAACGUGCGGACGCUGAUGUCCGUAGCGACGAAGGUGGUGAUACAGAUGAACUGUAAGCUGGGCGGUGUACCCUGGAAGGUAAAGAUCCCGCUGAACGGGUUGAUGACGAUCGGGUUCGACGUGUGUCACGAUUCGAAGGAUAAAAGUAAAUCGUUCGGUGCGAUGGUGGCGACGCUUGAUCACGACAAUCGCGGUACGCCAAAAUUUUUCUCCACCGUUAGCCACCAUUCGAAUGGGGAGGAAAUUUCGAACUAUCUGCCACUGAACACGGUGAAAGCGUUGAACGAAUAUCGGCGCGAGUUUGGUGAGCUACCGAAGCGUAUUAUCUUUUACCGCGAUGGUGUGAGCGAUGGGCAGCUGCAGUACAUUUACGAUCACGAGGUACGAUCGUUGGUGGAGAAGCUGGGGCAAAUUUACAAAUCGGCUGGCGUUGAGCAGGAUGUGCUGUUGACGUUCUUCAUCGUGAACAAGCGGAUCAAUACGCGGUUCUUUGAUCAUCGGCUUAAUCCACGGCCGGGUACGGUGGUGGAUAAUGUGGUGACGCUUCCGCAACGUACCGAUUUCUACCUCGUGUCACAAUCGGUAAAGCAAGGCACCGUUUCACCUACCGCGUACAACGUCAUCUACGACACAUCCGGCCUGAAGAUUGACCAUCUACAAAUGCUGUCGUACAAACAGUGCCACCUGUACUAUAAUUGGUCCGGUACGACCCGUGUACCGGCCGUGUGCCAGUACGCACAUAAACUAUCCUUCCUAGUAGGCCAAUAUCUGCACCAGUCGCCUAGUAACAUGCUCGAAAAGAAACUUUACUUCCUGUAGCGAGGC